GCCGGGCCCCAGCUGGCGGCGGCGGCGGUGGCGGAGGCUGAGCGGCGAGGAAGCCCCUGUGCAGAGGGUGGCACUGCCCCAUGGCCCGCGCCUCCCUUUCAGAGGCCGAGGGGACCCGGCAGCAGCGCGUGUGGACCAGACGCCCAGCAAUGACCAGCUCCCCUGUCUCCAGGGUCGUCUACAACGGCAAGAGGAACAGCAGCCCCCGCUCUCCCCCCGGCACCGGGGAGAUCUUCACCCCGGCCCACGAGGAGAACGUGCGCUUCAUUUACGAAGCCUGGCAGGGCGUGGAGCGGGACCUGCGGAGCCAGGUUUCAGGCAGCGAGCGGGGCCUGGUGGAGGAGUAUGUGGAGAAGGUCCCGAACCCCAGCCUGAAGACCUUCAAGCCCAUCGACCUGAGCGACCUGAAACGCCGGAACAUGCAGGAUGCCAAGAAGUCCUAGAGCCUCCGUGGGCGCCCCCCUGGCCUCUGGGAGAUCCGGGUGCGGCCUGAUGCUGGUCUGCCCUCCUGUGGGCCCAGCUCCUGGCUGGGGGGGAGGGGCCGUGCUCCCAGGGGGCCACAGGCCCCAGGACCAGGACAGCGUGAUUGUGAUUGAUGGCCUUGGCCCGCCCCUCCUCCUCCAGCCCCCUCCUUUCCUCUCGGCGGGCUCCGCUGCCAGACACUGGGAGGGUCUAGGCCCUGCCGGCCCCUGAGCCCUUCUGGGCCCAGCUGCCUGGGUGUCUCUGGAGCCCCCUGGCUCUGCCUGCCCCCAAGGACUUGACCCUGACUCUUCCUGUCCUCUUCCCCACUGCCCCACCAGCCCCCGGCCCCUUCCAGGAUCAGGACAGAGUUGAGAGGACUGCUGUGGUCCCCUGGGCCCGGGGGCCGUGUUUUUCCCUGAGGCGGCAGGAAGGCGGGGCGAGAGCAGCCCUUCCCACUGUUGGUGUGGGCCUCUCACCUCGCUGCUUCUCUGUCAUGGACACAGGAAGUGUGUGGCCCCCCCCACCCCCACUGUCCAGCCUGGCCCCUUGCUUCCUGCAUUAGCUUCCGGGUGGCACCACCUACCAGCCUGGGACACCGCAGGCACCCUCACGGGGUCCUGGGCACCCAGGCUGGGCUCCUGGUGUCUGCCGCCCCCUGGGGCAGGGCUGUGUAGGUGCCUGGCGGGUCUUCCGUGUGGUGCACCGUGGGGGUCGCCAGGGCUGUCUUCUUGGGACUGGAGCCUGGGGCCGGAGAAUAAAGGCGGGCAGCCGUGGUCAGCCUCCUGGCAUUCUGUCCCUGCUGCCCAGUAGUGCUGGAGACCCGGGUUCAUGGUCAAGGCCCCUGAGCCCAGAAACUUUGAUCCCUGGGCUCCCCAAGGGGCUUGGCCUCUGGGGGCGGGUGUUGAGGGUGGGGGCCUCCUGGAGGCAGGGGCGGGGGUUCCUGCAGGCUGCAAGGGGCCCGUCCCUCUGGGGGCUGUGGCCCACCCAGAGACCCGGGGCUGGUGCCCACCGGGCGUGCACCGGCCCCGCACACCCGGACGGCCGAGACGGCCUUCGACAGACACGCCGCACCAGACCGGAGUUCACUUUGGGAGCAUCAUUUCUAGAGGAGUAUUGAUUGGCCCCCAGGUGGCUCUGGGAGGCAUGUCUCCCUGGGGGUGGUCCCGCAGGAAGGACAGUUCUUGUGUGUGUUGUACUGGGUUUUAUUGAGAGAGCAAGAGAAAGAAUCGCUGAUCUGUUCCACCUA